AAUCGCACACCUCAAGUCAAAAUUCUCGUGUGGAAGUUGUUUUCGCAAUGCGAAGGACUCCGUCUACAUUGUCAACAAGAGAACAAAACUAAUCGAAACUUUAUCGUCAUGUCAUCCAAACAUCGAUUGACCCGGUCGUUCCGGACCCUUUCGGCCCUGCUCUAUGUUGUAAGUUCUUCACGAAGACCGCCUGGCAGGGUUCGGUACCUCGCUGCAUCGAUAGGUUCAGCAUUUGAUGCGGCAUUUAUUUUCAUCCUCUUUUCGAUUUAUUCGUGGAAGUGGUGGCUUUGCUUCUUAAGUAAUCCAAAAUGGGCAUAUGUCAUGCGAGAAUAUUAUUUCUUCAUACUCGUAUAAUGAUAUAAUAUUCAUGAGAAGCCAGUCGCGCAACACAAAUCUUCUAAAUCUACUGUGCUGGACGAGAAAAUCUGCAAACAAUGUCGAAUGGUCGUCGACACUACGCGUUUUGAUAGUUUGUGUCGAACAAAAGAUGGUGCCAACGAAUSAUCACUCCUCCAACAUCCAUCAAGAACCAAUAACCCAAAAAGUUGACUGGAAGCGGUCUAACAGUGAAGCUUUUUUCUUCAACUUACAAUGUGUGUCGUUUUUUUUUCUCUCGUGUUUCAAUAUCAAAAAUUGAUUUUGCUUCAUGGCCAACGUUGUAGCUGAACAUUUCCGUGUCCUUUAAUUUUCUCAUGAGAGGGGUUUAUCUCGAUAUCCUUGUCGGAGCCCUGAUGGUCAUAUUGUGCGUAUUGAUGCUCUGCGUAGCAAUCGAAGCGCCGUCUGCGCUGACCACAAGACUCGAAAAUUCAAAAAUGGGUGAUAUUCUAUUUACAUUUCGAGGACGCUACAUUGUGGAUCUUCUGAUUUCACUCUUUUUGUUCGCCAUGGGUGUGUGGGGAAUCGUAAUGGGUCUCUUGACCCUAUUUUUGAUUUUUGGAAUCCGAUUCCUUGGCGUGAAGCAGCCAGAUGCUUUCAAUGAGAUUUUCCGACAGUCUGAUGUUGAGUCCCAGUCCAUGGCAGACUCUUACACUUUGGAAGGAACCUAUGACACAGAAGGAACAGAGCGAUAAAUCUAUCCUUGUCAUUGAUCGGCGAUUAGACUGUAUCAAAGGAACGACAAGUGGACUCGUGUUCAUGAUUUCGGAUUCCCUCUGACAGAGGAAUAAUCGUGUGGAAAGUCUUCGAAAGAUUGAAGUGUUCAACCCUGCAUUUUUUCAUUUGUGGAAGGGAUGGAAUGUCUCAAGUAAAAGAUGAAGAGAAAUGGUGUCCUGUUGUAUGCUUUCGAGCUAAAGGUACACAACAUGAGUAAUUGACGUCUGUUAUCGUUGGAAGUACUGUUUAUGUAUUACUAAAUUUAAACAAAGAUAGAAAGUGUGA